AUGCCGCAAAAAAAGAAAAGUAGUCUUUCUAAAUACAAUAGAAGGGCUAAAAGGAUGAGACAAGUUCGAUCGCAAGAGACAAAUGAGGACCGUGAGCACCGUUUAGCUUACAAUAGAGAACAAACUGCGGAAUCUCGGGCAUCAGAGUCCAGUUUUAAUAAUGAAACGCGCUUAGCUACAGAUCGCGAACGUCACGCGUUGUCUCGCGCUUCGGAAACAUUAACAAAUUACUCUCAGCGUUUAAAAGUAGACCGUGAACGUCAUAUCGAGUCUCGAGCUUUAGAGACGUUUACGGAGCAUUCAGAAAGGUUGACUGCAGACCGUGAACGUCAUGCUGAAAGUCGCGCUUCAGAAACGUUUACGCAAUAUUCAGACCGCUUGACAGCAGACCGUGAGCGUCAUGCUGAGUUUCGCGCUUCGGAAACAUUUACGGAGUGUUCAGAACGGUUGACUGCAGACCGUGAACGUCAUGCUGAGUCUCGCGCUUCAGAAACGUUUACUCAAUAUUCGGAACGCUUGACUGCAGACCGUGAGCGUCAUGCUGAGUCCUUCGCUUCAGAAACGUUUACUCAAUAUUCGGAACGCUUGACUGCAGAUCGUGAGCGUCAUGUCGAGUCUCGCGCUUCGGAAACAUUUACGGAGUGUUCAGAACGGUUGACUGCAGACCGUGAAAGUCAUGCUGAGUCUCGCGCUUCAGAAACGCUAACUCAAUAUUCGGAACGCUUGACUGCAGACCGGGAACGUCAUGCAAGAUCACGUGCUUCGGAAUCAUUUACUCAAUAUGAAGCGAGGUUAGCAGCAGAUAGGGAGAGCCGUUCGGUAAGUAGGACACAUGAAACCCAGCAGGAGCAUGACUUACGCUUAGAAUUGGCAAGGGGAUAUUAUGAAAAUUCGCUUCAACACCGUAACGAACUUUUGUCUUUACAAAGGGAAAGAGUGCAAGCAAUUAGGAGUAACGAGACAGAGAGUGAACGUGCAAUUCGGUUACAAGCUGAUCGUAUUCGUACUUUUAUAAAUCGUUCACCCACCUUUACUCCGCCAUCUAUGGACAGAGAGAACUACACUGAUCUCCCUUGGGUUGAUAAAGAAAAUAGUGGUUUUACCUACACUUUUAAUAUUGACUAUAGUGAAUUUGUCGAGAUCGGAAGAAUGAUUCGCACUUGUAGUCAUUGUCAAUCACUUAAGUGGUCUAAAUAA